AUGAUGCUGUCUGCCCACCAGAAGAUGGUCCUCGGCCUUGCCUUCUCGGCACUGCUCAACCUGGCUGACUUCUACUCGGACGUAUUGGUGACCUUGGAGUACGGCUGCGUCAUCUCCAAUAGCCUGGAAGCAGCCUGCGGAGAGGAUGUAUUGCAGGUCAACAGCACGCAGAAUCUCACCGACGGUGCAGAGAUGACCCGAGCUGCCCCAGCCUGCACCCCCCACUACUGGUGGCUGGGGAUCUCCCUAACGAUCCUCAUUCCGGCGAACUGCGUCCAAGCAUUUAUGUGGACGGUGGUGAGCAGAUCUGGAUCUGUUGUGAGCAGAUCUGGAUCUGUUGUGGAUUUUGUCAUAGCAUUUUUGCAACUGUCGCCAUUUGUUGACCUCUACAAAUCCAUGAAUGGGGAGGCCAGCGAGUCCGACAAGAAGCCUAGAUCUGCAGUCUACAAAGACCUGGCUGCCAAAAUCUGCGAGAGCGCCCCGCAGACAUUCUUACAGGCCUAUGUCAUCUACAUCGUAGGAGCGCACACCGAUGUCCUCAAGCAGAUGAGCCUCGCCAUCUCGUUGGCGGCUAUCGGCUGGGGCCUCUCCGACCCCUCGAAUCCCGUUUGGAUUGGGCAAAAAGCAGUCUUGAACCAUCUCGAAGGCCGCUUCGUGCGGCGGUGCCUGAGCGGCGUCUAUCUGGCUCUCGACGUCGGCUGCCGGUCGGGGGCCUGGGCCAUGGCUUUCUCUGCUGGGCCACGGCCCUUUGGGAUCCUCGUGGCUAUUGCCGGCCUCUUGGUGGCCUACGUAGCCGCGGCAAUCGUGCUCCUCAGCCUGGCCGUCACUUCUUACGGUUUGUUCUGGUUGUUGAGCGUCUCUGGCUCUUACCUGCCGUAUGCACUGAUGAUUGGCCGCCAGCGGUACAUUCUUCGAUGCCGGCCUCCAUCCCGUCCAGGUAGAGCCUUCGCCAUCACAGAGGCCUCGGAGGUGUUUCAGUUUCAGGGCCUCCAGAGCUUCCUGGAACUGGACUUGAAGGGCUGGACCGAAGGGGGCUUCCUAGACGUAGACGUGGGUGGAUGGCACGGGAUGCCACCGAAGACACAGCUGAAGGAAGAGAAGAAGCCGAAGGAAGAGAGGGGAGAGCAGGCAUCUUCCGCGGCUUCCACGCGGAAUAGUUUUCGAGAGGCGAGGCAUUCCAUACCCGUUGGGAAUAGCUCUGUGGAUGCCUUGGUCUGCGUCGUGCAGGACAGCCCCAUCGGCGUGAUCGCGCUGCACCCAUGGGGGCCUCUCGGCGGAAGCAUGGCGGACCCGCAUCCGCACACAGUCUGCCGACUGUUUGGCACCGCAGGAUGUACUACGGUGAGGUUCAACUUCAGAGGUGGCAUCGGGAGUGGCGCGGGCUCCGUGGAGGAUGUAAAGGCAGUUGCGGCAUGGAUGACAAAGCCGAAUCCAUUGCCAGAGGCGGGCGGACGCAUCCUUUGCUCUCAUGUCUUGAUUGUGGGCUACAGCUACGGCUCAAUCAUCGGCGCAGCCGCCGCGGCGGAGAUUCCAUCGGUAAUCGGCUAUGCUGCGCUGGGACCUCCGCUGGACUACGGCUGGGCCCUGUACAUGUUUAAUGCGCAGAACCUCCGGGCACAGGCAGCUCGUUCUGCUGGAAAGCCCAAGCUGCUAGUGGUGGGGACGACAGACGAGUUUUGCUCCAUGAAGUCGUUCCAAGGCUUUGCCGACUCCUUGCCAGGGCCGAAAGAAAUGCACGUGAUUGAGGGCGCCAAUCAUUUCCAGCUCUACAGCUACCUCCCAGAGGCCCUGACGAAGUGGGUCAUUAGCGGCUUUAAGGUCCACAGUCUGGAGGAGUUUGCCGCGGGCAGGCACCUUGCAAAGCCAGAGGUGGCGCCUGCCGCCAAUCCGCCACCCUAA